GGCCUCGCUUUAGUGUUUGAAACUCGAUUUUUUUUCACCAUGCCGGCCCUCGAUCUCGAGAACCCAGGCGUCUCUGCUGUGAGCGCGUUCGGGGAGCUUUUGAACGAGCUGCUCGACGAAGCCUCUGCGGCGAAGGAGACGACAACCAUCGAGCCUGCUCUCUCGAAAUCCGACUUUGCCAACAUCUAUGAUCGAGUCUCCUCCUCGCUUGCCCGCUCCAGCACUACGGGCACUGAAAGCAAUGCGCCCCAAGACUCGCUCCGAUCUCGACAGUUCGCCGUCGUCGAAACAGCGGCUCGCGAUUCCUUCAGCAAGCUAAUCGCGACAACGUCAAUUGAUAGCCCCAAGUUUGUGCGGAUGUGGAAUUUGCUGGACAUUCUCUCGAUACUCUCCGACGAUGGCCAAUGCGAUCCAGCUCUCCUCUUCUGGCUCGUGGAGGAGCUUCUCGACAGCCAGACGAUUGCGGGAUGCCGCAUAAUAUUCGACUUUCUUGAAUCAAGGCGAGAGCGCAUCACGGCCAAGCACUUUAAACAGAAGAACCUUGUUAUUCUUCGAAGUUGCAACGAGCUGUUGCGAAGGCUCUCUCGUGCUGAGGACACAGCUUUCUGCGGACGAGUCUUCAUCUUCAUGUUUCAGAGCUUCCCGCUAGGAGACAGGAGUUCCGUCAAUCUACGAGGAGAGUACCAUGUCGAGAAUGUGACCUCUUUCGAAACCCCGGAAGACGAUGACGGCAAAAUGGAAGUUGAUGCCCAGGCAGAAACGCCAAAGGAGUCGGGCGCUCCUAAAGCGGGUGCAAAGACCGGAGCUCAUGAUUCAAACAAAGCGCAAGCGCCAGAUUCUGACACACUCUAUCCUCUAUUUUGGUCCUUGCAAGAAAGCUUCAGCCAACCCUUGAAGCUGUUCGACGUGGCCAAUUUUACAAAGUUUAAGAGCAGCCUAGAAUUGACCAUCAAGGCUUUCCAGGCGAUCCACGACGACAGCUUGUAUACAUCAAAGUCCAUGGAGAACCUCAAGCGAACUCUCAAGAGAAAGAGGGAUGACGAUGGAACCGAGACGCUUCCAGAGGCGUUUAAUCCCAAAUACCUCACAAGUAAGGACUUGUUCCAGCUUGAGAUUAGCGAUCUCUCUUUCCGGCGACAUGUGCUUGUUCAGGCCCUCAUCAUCACAGACUUUCUCCUAUCCCUAUCAAAGGAAGAGAGGGAGAAGCGAACAAAUAUCAACAUUUCCAACAAGUCAGUCAUUUAUCAUGGCCAGCUAAAUGAAGAAAAUACCAAGUGGGCUGCGGAUAUAAAAAAGGUGAUUUCAGACUAUCUCAAGCAGGGCGCUGAUGGGCCAUACUUUUUUCGCAUGGUAGAAACAGUGCUCGCUAGGGACAAGAACUGGGUCUUUUGGAAGAUGGCCAGUUGCCCGCCCAUCCAACGCGACCCAGUAUCGGCCCAGGGCUUCGUCGAGGCAAAGGAAGCCGCCCAGCGCAUGGCAACUAGCAAGCGGCUGCGGCCAAAUCCUCUCAACGCUGUGCCUCUCGACUUUCUUGCAAACGAGGACGAAACCUCGGCGUUGGAUAAGCUGAAGGAUUCGGAGCGGUGCCAGCUGCCCGAGCUGGAUGCGUUCAAGAGCAAAAUCGCAGACGACGACUUUGAGAUUGAGAUGCCGACCAAUAGCGAGACAAAGGCUGCGGCCGUUGCGGGCAAAGCGAGCAAGAGCUGGAGAGCGCUGCGAAUAGCAUCGAGAUUCAAGCUGGCGGCCUUUGAUAAGCUCGAUGACCCGAAGAAGAUUAAUCUCAUUUUCGAGGACGAUGUCGAAGGGGCUGAAGACGAAGAGGACGCCGAGCCAACCGCGAAUGAGGACGACAUGCCCAAGAAUCGUGACCCCAUCAUCUUGUCUGCGUCAUCCGGCAUCGACAUCUCAUCGUUGAAGGCGAAACUCAUGGAUCUGCACAAGGGGGUAUUCGCCCCUGUGGUGCGCCAUGCCGUGCGCGAACCCGAGGACGGAGAGGUCAAUGGCAAAACCUUUUAUUUUGUCAAGGCCCAUGAGUUUAAUCAGCUGCGAGAUGGCGACCGGUUGGUCGAGUAUACCACUCGUGACGGAGUGGACUAUGGCACAAGCAGCAAGGCCGUCGAAGCCAUUGUUGAAGUGGGCAAAGUGCCCAUCAUUGAGCUUGAUGCCGAGGCCGCCCAAUUCGCCAAGGACAUGGACUUCUCAGCCCGCUACAUCUUCAUCAAAUCCUCCACAGACGAAACCUUUGACGAGUCCAAGACGAAUGAGCUAUUCGACACUGUGAUUGUGGACAAUGACAACAUUGAAGAAACGGCUACCAACGUUGGGCAAUUCAUCUACGCGGACAAGGCAGCGGAAAAGGCCGAAGAAGGAGAAGAGACUCCAGCGAAUGCCGAUGCGAACAUGGAGGAUGCACCACCGGCUGCUGACGGCGACGUGCAGUAGUAAAGCGUAAAACCGACGGCCGGGUUUGCAUACAGACAUUUUAGCUUUUCUUGUGAUUUAUAAUGACGGCAUGGGCUUCAGAUGGGAUAUAAUCUUUUUUGUUUUCAAUGAGUAUUUUUUCAAGUAGUGCUGGCAAAUCGGGUUCGAAGAGAUACCCUAGGGAAUCAGAAGCAGGAUACCAAAUACAUUGGUCAUAUAGCGUGUGUGGCACAUGUACACAUCACACAUAUCUU